AUGGCGGCGGCGGCGGUGGCUGCUGCGGCGGCAGCGGCCGCAGCUGCGUCUCUUCAGGUAUUGGAGAUGGAAAGCAUGGAGACCGCUGCCGCCGGCUCAGCAGGACUGGCCGCCGAAGUCAGAGGCAGUGGCACGGUGGACUUCGGGCCUGGGCCUGGAAUAUCUGCAAUGGAGGCGAGCGGGGGAGAUCCUGGCCCAGAGGCCGAGGACUUCGAGUGCAGUUCUCACUGCUCGGAGCUGUCCUGGAGGCAGAACGAGCAGCGGCGCCAGGGCCUCUUCUGCGACAUUACCUUGUGCUUCGGCGGGGCCGGGGGCCGCGAGUUCCGGGCUCACCGCUCGGUCCUGGCUGCUGCUACCGAGUACUUUACGCCUCUACUGUCGGGCCAGUUUUCCGAGUCCCGCUCCGGCCGGGUGGAGAUGCGCAAGUGGAGCUCCGAGCCCGGACCCGAGCCCGACACGGUGGAAGCCGUUAUCGAGUACAUGUACACCGGGCGGAUCCGCGUCAGUACGGGCAGUGUGCACGAGGUGCUCGAGUUAGCCGACAGGUUUUUGUUAAUUCGUUUAAAAGAAUUUUGUGGAGAAUUUCUCAAGAAAAAACUUCAUCUUUCUAAUUGUGUAGCCAUUCAUAGCUUAGCUCACAUGUACACCCUGAGCCAACUUGCUCUGAAAGCUGCCGAUAUGAUACGGAGAAAUUUCCACAAAGUAAUUCAGGAUGAAGAAUUUUAUACUUUACCUUUCCAUCUCAUUCGAGAUUGGCUUUCAGACUUGGAAAUCACGGUUGACUCUGAAGAGGUUCUUUUUGAAACAGUUUUGAAGUGGGUUCAGAGAAAUGCUGAAGAGAGAGAGAGAUACUUUGAAGAACUUUUUAAAUUGCUCAGGUUGUCCCAGAUGAAACCUACUUACCUUACUCGGCAUGUCAAACCAGAACGGCUGGUGGCUAAUAAUGAAGUUUGUGUCAAGCUAGUGGCUGAUGCAGUAGAGAGGCAUGCUCUGAGAGCUGAGAACAUACAAUCCGGAACCUUCCAACACCCUGCUUCUCAUGUGUCUUUAUUACCUCGCUAUGGGCAAAACAUGGAUGUGAUCAUGGUUAUUGGUGGUGUGUCUGAAGGGGGGGACUAUUUAAGUGAGUGUGUGGGAUAUUUUGUUGAUGAGGAUAGAUGGGUAAACCUGCCUCAUAUUCAUAAUCACCUUGAUGGACAUGCGGUUGCAGUUACAGAAUCCUAUGUUUAUGUUGCUGGAUCAAUGGAGCCAGGAUUUGCUAAAACUGUGGAAAGGUACAAUCCAAAUUUGAAUACAUGGGAACAUGUUUGUAGUCUGAUGACAAGAAAACAUUCUUUUGGGCUAACAGAAGUCAAAGGGAAGCUCUAUAGCAUCGGAGGACAUGGCAACUUUAGUCCUGGCUUUAAAGAUGUCACUGUUUAUAAUCCUGAACUUGAUAAAUGGCACAACUUGGAAUCAGCACCAAAGAUUCUUCGAGAUGUUAAAGCACUUGCCAUUGAAGACCGGUUUGUGUAUAUUGCUGCCCGUACGCCUGUGGAUCGUGACACUGAAGAUGGACUAAAGGGUGUAAUCACUUGUUAUGAUACAGAGACUCGACAGUGGCAAGAUGUGGAGUCUUUGCCACUUAUUGACAAUUAUUGCUUUUUCCAGAUGUCUGUGGUUAAUUCAAACUUUUACCAGACAGCAUCAUGCUGUCCAAAGAGUUACCCUUUAGAAAAUGAAGAAGCAGUACGAAAGAUUGCCAGUCAGGUUUCUGAUGACAUCCUGGAAAGCUUACCUCCAGAAGUCCUAAGCAUUGAAGGAGCAGCCAUUUGCUAUUAUAAAGAGGAUGUUUUCAUUAUUGGAGGUUGGAAAAACAGUGAUGAUAUUGACAAACAGUACCGGAAAGAAGCCUAUCGAUACUGUGCUGAGAGAAAGAGGUGGAUGCUUCUUCCUCCCAUGCCACAGCCUCGUUGUAGAGCCACUGCCUGCCACGUGAGAAUCCCAUACCGAUACUUGCAUGGCACACAGAGAUACCCUAUGCCUCAGAACUUAAUGUGGCAAAAGGACCGGAUCAGACAGAUGCAGGAAAUACAUAGGCACGCCCUAAACAUGCGGCGAGUGCCAAGCUCUCAGAUCGAGUGCUAG